AUGGCUUUUUCUUCUCGAAAGACGUCAUAUGAGAACUAUUCGAGUGUAACACUCAACGAAGAGCCACCCCUUUCCUCUCUCCCCUGCCCCCCGUGUGAACUUUCCGUGUCUGUCGGUGCUGUGACUGGCGCGGGACCUGUGCGGUGUCUGACGGACAGACAGACGUGCUUCCGACCUGUGAUGGCUUAUCCGCGUCGGCUGAGUCAGCCAGCGAGGUGUGAGUGCGGGGCGGCAGGGGCUGCUGCUGCUGUGCAGCAUCCUGGCUUGGAGAGUUUGGUGCGUGUGGGCAGCGGAGAAGGUGACAGGAGGGUAACGACACAGCUAAUAAUUGCUGGGCAGGAGGCUCCUGACGUGGCGGUUCCCGCGGGGUGGGUGCUCGUCCCGCUGCCUUGGCAGAGUGAGGGUCCGGGGGUCCUUAAGCUGGGAGUACGAGAGACCCUUUGCAGCCCUUGGCGGGGCGUGGGGAAAGCUGCUUCUGUGUGUCUGGUCUUUCAUUUGGGCCUCCUUAGUUGCAGGCUGUGCAAAGGAGAGGUGCUAUCAAAGCAGCCUCUCCUGAGCGUAAAGAGUGUAGUGAAUUCCAGCGUGCUAGCUGUGUCAGCCAAAAAUGACAGCAUCUCAGCUGCAAGCACAUCUGAUGUCCAGGACCGUCUUUCAGCCCUGGAGCUGAGAGUGCAGCAGCAAGAAGAUGAAAUCACUGUGCUAAAAGCAGCAUUGGCUGAUGUCCUCAGGCGUCUUGCUAUCUCUGAAGACCAUGUAGCUUCUGUGAGAAAAUCAGCACCAAGUAAAGGUCAGCCAACCCUCCGAGAAGCUAUCUCGAUGUCUUGUAUUACUAACGGGAGUACAGGAAGCAGGAAAACAAGCCACAGUUCCUCUGUUUCUGUUGCCAGAAAAGAAACUCUUUCAUCUGCUGCAAAAAGCGGUACAGAAAAAAAGAAGGAAAAACCUCCAGGACAGAAAGAAAAAAAAGAGGAAUCUCAUUCUAAUGAUCAAAGUCCACAAACUCAAGCAUCACCUUCUCCCCAGCCCUCCUCACAGACUCUCCAAACACACAGGCAAACUCAAGAAAGCAAGAGUUCUGCUCCAGCUAAAAGCAUAAAGAAGUCUUUGACUGCUGAAAAACCUCACAGUGCUUGGGAGAGUUCAGAUGACAGUCGUAACAAGCUGCUGAGAGUAGCAUCAACAUCUAAAUUGAUAUCGAAAGUGGCAAAGAAUGCAGACAAGCACAAAGAUGUCAUCGUCAGCCAAGCAAAAAUGUCAACUCGUGAAAAAAACAGCCAAGAGGGAGAAUAUAUCAAGAUGUUCAUGCGGGGUCGACCAAUCACAAUGUUCAUUCCUUCUGAUGUAGAAAACUAUGAUGAUAUUAGGACAGAGCUGCCUCCUGAGAAGUUAAAACUGGAGUGGGUAUAUGGAUAUCGUGGAAGAGACUGUCGAGCCAAUGUUUACCUCCUUCCUACGGGAGAAAUUGUAUAUUUCAUAGCAUCAGUGGUGGUACUAUUUAACUAUGAGGAGAGAACUCAGCGACACUACUUGGGUCACACAGACUGCGUUAAAUGUCUUGCAGUUCAUCCAGACAAAAUUAGAAUUGCAACAGGACAGUUAGCUGGAGUGGAUAAAGAUGGAAGGCCUCUGCAGCCCCACGUUAGGGUUUGGGACUCGGUGAGCCUGGUGACGCUGCAGGUUAUCGGCCUCGGGACUUUCGAACGAGGAGUGGGGUGUUUGGACUUCUCAAAGGCGGAUUCUGGUACUCAUUUGUGUGUAGUUGAUGACUCUAAUGAGCAUAUGCUUACUGUAUGGGAUUGGCAGAGGAAAUCAAAAAUAGCAGAAAUAAAGACUACAAAUGAAGUUGUUCUUGCUGUAGAAUUCCAUCCAACUGAUGCAAAUACCAUAAUAACAUGUGGAAAAUCUCAUAUAUUUUUCUGGACCUGGAGUGGCAAUUCAUUAUCAAGGAAGCAAGGGAUAUUUGGGAAAUAUGAAAAACCCAAAUUUGUUCAGUGCUUGGCUUUUUUGGGAAAUGGUGAUGUGCUCACUGGAGACUCAGGUGGGAUAAUACUUAUAUGGGGCAAAACUACUGUAGAAUCAACUUCAGGAAAAGGACCUAAAGGAGUGUAUCAGAUAAGCAAACAAAUCAAAGCUCACGAUGGCAGUGUGUUCACACUGUGUCAAAUGAGGAAUGGGAUGCUGCUAACUGGAGGUGGGAAAGACCGAAAGAUCAUCCUGUGGGAUCAUGAUUUGAAUCCUGAAAGGGAAAUUGAGGUUCCUGACCAGUAUGGAACAAUCAGAGCAGUAGCAGAAGGAAAAGCAGAUCAGUUUUUAGUGGGUACUUCACGAAACUUUGUUUUGCGGGGAACAUUUAAUGAUGGUUUCAUAGUAGAGGUACAGGGUCAUACAGAUGAACUCUGGGGACUGGCAUCCCAUCCUUUCAAAAACUUAUUUUUAACGUGUGCCCAAGAUAGGCAAGUCUGUAUGUGGAACUCUGUGGACCACACACUGGAAUGGACCAGGCUGCUAGAUGAACCAGGGCACUGUGCUGACUUCCAUCCCAGUGGAGCAGUGGUUGCCAUAGGAACGCACUCGGGCAGGUGGUUUGUUUUGGAUGCAGAAACGAGGGAUCUGGUUUCAAUACACACUGAUGGCAACGAGCAGCUCUCAGUGAUGCGCUACUCAGUAGAUGGCACCUUACUUGCAGUUGGAUCCCAUGACAACUUUAUUUACCUCUACGUAGUAACAGAAAAUGGAAGAAAGUAUAGCAGAUACGGAAAAUGCACUGGACAUUCCAGCUAUAUUACACACCUUGAUUGGUCCCCGGACAACAAGUAUAUAAUGUCAAACUCAGGAGACUAUGAAAUACUAUACUGGGACAUUCCAAGUGGCUGUAAGCUAAUCAGGAAUCGUUCUGACUGUAAGGAUAUAGAUUGGACAACAUACACUUGUGUACUAGGCUUCCAGGUGUUUGGAGUCUGGCCCGAAGGAUCAGAUGGAACAGACAUAAAUGCCCUUGUCAGAUCCCAUAAUCGAAAAGUGAUAGCAGUUGCUGAUGAUUUUUGUAAGGUCCAUCUUUUUCAGUAUCCCUGUUCCAAGCCAAAGGCUCCAAGUCACAAAUACAGCGCUCACAGUAGUCAUGUGACAAAUGUCAGCUUCACCCAUAGUGAUGGUCACUUGAUUUCAACUGGAGGGAAAGACAUGAGUAUUAUUCAAUGGAAGCUCGUGGAGAAGGUUACUCUGCCACAAAAUGACAUUGUUGUAGACAUCAGUGCAACCAAAGUGCCCAUCCCUGCCAGUGAAAAUGCUGUACAGUCUCCUACACCUCUUCCACAGCCUUUUAAUGAAAUGAACCAAAAUGAAAGUGUAACUGGCAGCUCUCCAGCUUCUUUGGAGAGCAACUUGGAGCAGGAGCAGUCUGCGGAGGCCAGCGAAGAGCAAAGUGAGGAGCAAAGCGAGGGGAGCAGCCUGGAUCCCGCCGAACCGAGUUACGAGGAGCCCUCCAAUGAGACGAGUGAGGAGCACAGUGAAUCCACAGUCACUGAAGAGCAGCAAGAUAACUCACCAGAGUCUUAAUGCUCCCAGCUCAGGCGGUUGUUUUUUCCCUUGGUGUGUGUGCUUUCAUUACAGGGUGAGGGUUCAAAUAGGGAAAAGUAGCUGAGAUUUCAUGACCACUCCAGCUUUUGAGUUUCAGUGAGAUUUUUAGUCUGAGCUUCAGUUCAAUGUGUGGAACCAUCCCAAGGGCUUGGUUUGAUGGUCUAUGUCAAGAUCUGGUCACAGUUAGUAGUGGACAUUACCAUAGAUUCAUUUCAGUUCUGAAAUUGCUGUCAGAAAGUGGCAUGAAAUAUAUACUGGAAAAAGGGUUAGCUCUGAGAAUUAGCUCAAGUAGACCACCUUAACUAUGUGAAAGUGCUUUCUGGAAGAACUAAGCUGCUGGGAAGCACUGAGCUGUUCCAGCUGGGAAGUACUGUGCUGCUUUUUCCAGGUGUGAAGACAAAACAAAAAAAACAGCCAAAAAGCUCUUUGUAGGGCUGUUUUCCUUUGUUUUUUUCUUAAUAAGAAAAAUAGAGGAAAAACAAUGUAACAAUGCCACAUGUAUGGCAAUGCCUUCUUAAUCUAACACAUAUGCAAUUUUCUAACACUACUAAUUCCUAGUGGAGUCUGGACGUGCACGCAGUUGGUCUGCCCUGGGUGCUGCUAGUUCUAAGGCAAAUCCUGUCGAGGAACGGUGUCAGCUGUUCCAUUUUCACAGACUGUUUAAUAACAGACAAACCAAAUAACGGUGUGUUUCACUUUUCGUGACAUGAAAGUUGAUUUAAACUGUAGGAUGUAAUUGUCUCUUCAAAUAAUUGCUUGCCUAGAAAGUUUGAAACUUAAGAGAGUCUUUACAGUGACUUUGAUGUGAACAGCAGAGGAAGGAUGGCAAGAACACACAAGUCAGAUGGGCUCCAGAGUUAAACUUUAAACCUUCAGGCAGAAUUUGCUCCAUCCCUAAUAGGAGAAAUAUAAAUACAGUUAACUUAAAUUAUUAAAUUGGUGCUUAGGAUUAGUAUAUUAUAUUGAUUAUUUUUUUCUUCUGAAUUUUUAGAGGUAACUCUAAGA